GCAAACACAAACAUCGACAGUUUACAAGAGGAAGAAAAGCUCCUUAAAAAGUUGGCUAAUGGUGAGUUUUUAACUAAUAAUGUUUUCAGUUCCCUACAUGCCAACUCUCCAGAUUUCAGGAGACGUUCGUCUUCAGAAUACCAAUUACUAUUACUAAGUAUUUGACAGAUAUGGACCAAGUCUUAAACUAUGCUUCUAAUUUGUCAAUUAUGAAUUCACAUUACCAACCAUUUGUAUGAUUGCUAUACAAAUUGUAAAUUGCAAAAUCCCAUAUUUAGUUAAACAUUCUCGAAAAACUCCACAAUCAAUCAAUUGUUCAUUGCAAUCUCAGACCCAAAAAAAUAUUAACUCAACUUGGCAAAAAUGAUUUGGUACUGAUUGAUUUCUAACAUUCUACCAAAUACAAACACAAGAAUGGUAAAUUCAUAGGAUAUGCAUCCAAAUUUUCUAAUCUCAACAAAUUAACCAAAUACUCCAGUCUAAAUCAGCAUUUAGGUUUAAGUAUACACAUCCCUUUUGAUCUAUAGCUGCCUCCCCAAAGGAUGACCUGGAAUCCCUAGGAUUCAUAUUGAUGUAUUUCCUCAAGAAGGGAGACUUGUUUAAAGUCAAAGAGCAUGGAUCAAAAAUUAAAAAGAUGGAAGAGCAAAAACUGAGAAUGAUUCCAGAAAAAUAUUGUAAAGAUAUGCCAAUAGAAAUACUCCAAUAUUUUUAGUUUAUCAGAAUGACCAAUGUAUAACAAUACCCCUUGGGUGAUUACGAAUUCCUAAAGAAACUCUUUAGAAAUUUGCUUCAGCAAUUGAGUGUCAAUGAAAAAGAUUUCUAAUACGAUUGGGUAACAUUAUAAAUUUAAAACAUCCUAGAUCAAAAAGAUGAAUUCAUAACAAACAAGUCAACAACAAAUGCAGUAACCCCAAAAGGACUCGACUAAUCAAAACCAAACUUAAACUAAAAUUGUUAUUCAUCAACCUCAAAAUCUGGAGGGGAUUCAAGAAGUACAAACUGAAUUGGAGAGAUCUUCAAUAAAACGAGAGUUCUAUAGGUAAAUCUCAUCCUUAUGUAUUUCUGAUGAAGAAGACAAAUAAUUUGAGAGUGUUAGCACAAAAAUGCUUCAACUCCCAAAUAUGUUUGAUUUAAUAAAACUAAAAAGUUGAC